AUGGUUUGUGCAGCAGCUCCCUGCCGGCUGGACCGGCUCAUCCUUUUGUUUCUCCUCGGCCCGUUCCCCCCACACACGCUGACGGACGCAGCGUCGCCGGACACGCACGUUUCGGCCCGCUCCGGGCUCGGAGUGAAGGAGCGCUCACAGAUUGUUGGCCAGCACAAUAGACUGCGGAGUCGGGUCAGACCCAUGGCAGCGAACAUGCAAAAAAUGGAGUGGAAUGAGAGCUUGGCCAUACUUGCAGAGGAGCAAGCCUCGUCGUGCAACACAGACCCUUCCCUCCAACACACCUCAUCUGUCACUCACCUAGGCUGGAACUCACAUCUUUCCGUUCAUGGCGUCGCCUCAUUUUCGGACAUAAUUGAUGCCUGGUUUGAGGAGGGAAAUCAUUUUCUCUACUCAAGCGGGCGAUGCAGAGAGAAUGUGACCUGUCAGCACUAUACACAGCUGGUUUGGGCUACCUCAAGUCAGGUGGGCUGUGCCACCCAGCUAUGUCUGAACGACGGAGACCUCUGGGAGAUAUUUAUCUGCAUGUACUACCCUGGGGGUAACUGGGAGGUGAAUGGUAAACUAGUGACGCCAUACAAGUCGGGGGCAUCUUGCUCCCUCUGCACUUCUUCUAUGUCUGGCUGUGUUAGACUGUGGGACCAUGUAGGUGGACUAUGUGAAGUUCCUAAGAACCCGUGCCGCAUGAGCUGCGGUCAACACGGCCAUCUAAACUUCUCAUCCUGCAAAUGCCAGUGUGACCUGGGGUUCACCGGACGCUUCUGUCAGGUUCGGUGCAGCGUGCAGUGCGUUCACGGCCGUUUCAGAGAAGAAGAAUGCUCUUGCUUGUGUGAUGUUGGCUAUGGCGGGGCUCAGUGUGUGGAGAAGGUGAAGUUUCCCUUCCACCGUUGUGAUUUGAUGAUAGAUGGUACUUGCUUCAUGGUGUCUUCAGAAACGGACACUUACUAUGGAGCUAAAAGUCACUGUCAGGAAUUUGGGGGAAUUUUAGCCCAAAUCCACAGCCAGAAGGUUCAGGACAUCUUGGCAUUUUACCUGAGUGAGCUGGAGACGGGCAAUGAAGUCACCUUCACUGACUUUGAAACCAGAAACUUCUGGAUAGGUUUGACAUAUAAGCCUCCAAAAGACACGUUUCGUUGGGACACAGGAGAAAUCCUUCGAUUCAGCAGCUUUGCCUUUGGGCAGCCUGACAACCAAGGUUUUGGAAACUGUGUUGAGUUGCAGGCUGUAAGUGCUUUCAACUGGAAUGAUCAGCGCUGCAAAACACGGAACAGAUACAUUUGUCAGCAUGACAUGAGCAUGAGUGGAGAGUUGAAGUCAAGCCGCUCCAGGGCAGCGAGUAAGAGGGCCAGCAACACCACUUAUGGGUCUGAGUUCAACCUGGACUAUGACAACUACCAUGAGGACUACUAUGACAGGGCGCAAGAUUACCAGCGGGUGCCAGCAUCACUCUCUCCUCUUCCCCUGGGACACAGUCUGGCUAAGAGAUCCCGCUCCUCCUCCUCCUACUCCACUGGGCACAGACGUAGUCGAGACAGAACCAACUCUAAAAGCUCCAGAACCCACUCCAAUAGUUCAAACACAGCCAAGUUGGGGAUGGAAGAAUUGCAGGUGAUUAAAAAGGAGCUGACUCUGAUAAAGACACAGAUCGAUGGGCUCCUUGACAGUCUUGACAGGAUGGACACACAGAGGAAUGACCACAAAGGGUCUCCCUUGAGAGAGUACAGUCCAGUUGGCUCACCUUAUGCGGUGUCUCCCAGCAGCCCAGAGCACUCCCUCUCCUCCCUCUCUCCACCUAGGUCCCACCACCGGAUCCACAGGGAGAGCCCUGACCUGAGGAUGCAUAGUGAUGACCACCACUCGAUGAGCAACCAUAGCUCCGACCCUGAGGAGGAAAUAUGAAAGAAAAACAUGAGAGAAGCCAGAAGAUGAGGAUGAAGUGCCAAACAUGGAGGAAGAGAACAUAGACCCUCGAGUUAACACCCGUACCAGAGACUCAACGUCGACUGUACAUAUCAGAUGACAUGAUGAAUUUAACCGUCUCAGCAACUUUGUUUUUUUUUUUUUUUUACUCAGAAAAGGUUCUAAACAUCAACUGCAUGAACAUGUGAAGUUGGCCUGGGAGACGGAGAUCCUAUAUAGAGUAUUAUGUAUUGUAUUGCUGUGAAGAAGAGCUAAGAUUCGAGCUGCCAAUUAAAACUAAAUUUUCCUACAAUAUGAGCAGAUUUACGUUAACAGCAAACAAUGACUCAAAAUGUUCCAGAAUCAGUAAUUCUGGCAUCAAAAUUGUAAUUGUUUAUUUACAAGUUCUCAUCAGAAAACGGAUGACAAAUUCCAUCAAUAAACAAUAUGAUGAGAGCUUUACUACAUAAAAAAAAAAAAUAUAUAUAUAUUGUUUGGUCCUGUUCUUCAGAAAUCUGUUUGCAUACAAACAUGACAUGAAAAGGAAAGCAUGGGCUGUUAUGAAACGCAUAAAGAGUAACUUAAAGGCCCUGAAACAUCUGUUUACUCUCAUGUGCUCAACGAAGAGUCUGCUCUGAGUGCUAAACUUGAACAAUCUGGGCCAGUUCAGGUGACAUUUAACGUAGCGUCAAAUCAGUGUACGACCCAAGUGCGAGACAAUUCAUCAGCUUCUUUUAUCGUUUUUCAGGAUGCAUAUAUACAUAUAUAAUAUAUGCUAUUUAUUAAAAGCUUUCCCUUUUUUCCUUACUACAUACCUCUUGAUUCAGGAUUUGUCUGGCUCAUAAUUCAGGAGAGGAAACUGUUUCUGCUUUUCUGUCUCAGUAUCAAAUGUAAAGUUAAACCUGUUCCACCUUUUUAAAGAUAAGAGUAUUGUAUCUGUUUUAAAUGAGUCUGAGGAAUGUUACAGCUCUAUUCCUCUAUGUUAUUGGCACUUUUUAUAAAUGUGCAGAGGCCCAAGUUGGUGUAAUAUUGUGUAUUAUUGUAUACUUUACUGUAAUUGUUUAGUUGACUGACUUUAAUCUUGCUUUAGGAGUUCUCGUGUGAUCUUUUUUUUAGAAGAAAAUAAUGUUAUCAUUUCAGUGUUGUCAUGUUUCUGUUUGCAUUGUUGAGAUAAACCAAGUAAAAACGCU